GAGCCGCUGGGCGAGGGGGCGUCGGGCGCCGUGCACAAGGCCCUGGACCUCGUGGACCUGCGCUUCGUGGCGAUCAAGGCCAUCUCCGUCGGCGCCGCGCCGAAGCGGCGGCAGCUCGUCGCGGAGCUGCUCGCGCUCUACGGCGCGUUCCAGGGCCCGGACGCGGAGGCCGCGGGCGGCGACGCGAGGCACGUCGUCUCCUUCUACGACGCCUUCGCCCACGCGCCGACGCACUGCGCCUGGCUCAUGGUCGAGUACCUCGACGGCGGAUCGCUCCAGGACCUCGUCGACCGCGGCGGGACGACGGACGAGGCGCUGCUCGCGCGGCUCGCGUUCCAGAUCGCGCGGGGCCUGCGCUACCUCCACGCGCGGGGCUUCGUGCACCGCGACGUCAAGCCCGCGAACAUGCUCCUGUCGCGCGCGGGCGCGCUGAAGAUCAGCGACUUCGGCAUCGCGCGGCGCCUCGACGGCGACGCGCGCGGGGCUAUGGCGCGGACCUUCGUGGGGACGACGAACUACAUGUCGCCGGAGCGCAUCGGCGGCCAGGCCUACGACGGCGGCGCGGACGUCUGGGGCUUCGGCGCCGCGGUGCUCGCGGUCGCGCUCGGCCGCGCGCCGUUCUCCGCCGCGGGCGCGUCGUCGGCCGACGACGGCUACUGGACCCUGCUCGACGACAUCCGCGAGAAGCCGAGCCCGCAGCUCGACGGCGGCGGCUGGUCGCCCGCGAUCCGCGGCUUCCUCGCCAAGUGCCUCGCGAAGGAGUCCGCGGCGCGGCCGUCGGCCGACGCCAUGCUCGCCCAC